UGAGAAGCUAGUAAUACAAAAAGGCUUUGCAAGUUCCUGGGAAGAGUGAGAGGUUUGCCCCUGGGUAAAAAAAGAAAAUGGCAAAGAAAGCUUCAUCAAAGUCUCGAAACUCUGCUUCUGCUUCAACUUCAAUUUCACCCUCUAGCAAAAGCUCCAUGACAGCAACCAAAAGUCAAAUGGUGCUGAGGGUAAAAUCAGCCGAGAAAGUAAAGGCAGCUGGAGUGAAGCAGAGUAAACCCACAUCAGGGAAGAAACUCAGGGCCACUUCCAAGAAGAAGACUGCAAAAACAGAUGCAAAGAAGCCUAAGAAGCCCCCAACUGCCUUCUUCUAUUUCUUGGAGGACUUCCGUAAGGAAUUCCAGGAGCAAAAUCCAGACGUCAGGUCAAUGCGAGAUAUUGGGAAAGCUUGUGGAGAGAAGUGGAAAACAAUGACAUAUGAGCUUAUUUUGGAUCAGCUGCUGAAGAAUUGAAAUGCUGUUGUUUUAAGCAAGGACUGGAUUGAUGAGGCCCUGUAUUACUUCUUGGCUUAAGCAGAUGAUCACCUUCCUAGAGAUUCGGCUUUUUUCUUUUUUCCAGACCCCACUUAGUGGGAUUUCACUGGGUAUGUUGUUGUUUGUUGUUUCAUUACAAAAACAAAAAAGAAGAAAGGAUAAAAAACAGGUGAUCAAGUAUAUCUGUACUGAAGAACUGGUCUUGAAUAAGUCUUCAAAUUCUUGCCUGAUGAGGGGACACUUGCAUCUUUGGACCAUAUUAUAUAUAUUCUCAUUCAACAUCUGUAUCUGUUAAAGCACCUGUUACCUCUGGAAAUAGAAUUAUGAAGAUCUGAGAAGAAACCACUUAUAUUGGACUUUACUGG